GUCCUUGGUUUUCACCGUCCCCUGCGUUGUUUGGGGCCCCUGAGGCUUGGAGCGACAUUGUCGUCAAGGCCGUACGCAAUGGGCAGUCUGUCCCUUCAUCGGCAAAGUCGAUUCACCUAGUCCGACUUUGUUACUAUAAAUGAAGAUGAUCCCCUCUUCCAGGUGCCGAUCCGUCAGCCCAGCUAACUGUUAGAGCCGACCGUCUGCAUGCGACAUGAGGCUCUCGAGCAAGUGGCGCUCCACCAGCAUCGCACGUGGGGUCGAUCACUCAUGACACUCAAGCCGACGCCAACCCACAAUAAGGAAGUCGACUUCUCGAACAUCACAAAGCUACACAGAUGCAUGGCGCGAUGCCUUAGUACGCUGCACAAUGCCGCAUUUCCGGGUGUUUUUGGGAGUUGGUAUCUCGGACCCGGGGAUAUAUAAAUGAGCAGGUUCCGCGUGUCAACAUGCUGCUCAACAAUCAUACCUUCAAGCCACCAUGAAGUACUUUGCGGCCGUCCUGGCCCUUGCCGCCUCUGCGGUCUGCGAUCCUACCGUGUACCUGAUCCGCCAUGGCGAGAAGCCAGACGACGAGGGCAUCGGUCUGAGCCCCCAAGGCGUGCAGCGCGCGCAGUGCCUCCGGAGCGUCUUUGGUGCCGGAUCGCAGUACAACAUUGGACACAUCAUGGCCCAGGAGUACAAAGCGAGCGGCAAGAGGAAGCGCCCCUAUGACACGGUGCUCCCUCUGGCCAACGACCUUGGUCUCACGGUGGACGUGUCUUGCGACCGCGACGACGAGAAGUGCGUUGCCGAUGUGGUGGACGACUACAAGGGCAGUGGCAACAUCCUCAUAUGCUGGGAACAUGACGCGUUGAACAACAUUGCCGAGGAGAUUGGCGCCCACGACGUCAAGAACUACCCGGAUGAUAGCUUUGAUUUGAUCUGGACUCAGCCUCCUCCUUACAAGGACAUUACGGAUACGACGUCUGAGAACUGUCCCGGCUUGGACUGAACGAGAAGCGUCUAAUUGAAGUUGCAGCACCGAGGUCCAAGUUCUUUUUGGGUGCGCACGUCCUAGCGAUUCAUAGAUCUAAAAGAAGAAGUUGAUUCAUGCC